UGUAGGCCAGAGAUCGACGGCAGAAUCCAAUACCACGGGCGCGCAAACAUUGAAGCCUGCUCGUACGUAGACGUAAACCAUCGCUCCACUACUACCCUCCUGCCCUCACCGAGUAGAGAGGACUAGAGGUCGAUCGCAGUCGCACGCAGCAGCCAGCGGCCAUGGCACCGGCGGUAAAGGUGUACGGGUGGGCGGUGGUGUCGCCGUUCGUGGCGCGCGCCGUGCUGUGCCUGGAGGAGGCCGGCGUCGAGUACGAGCUCGUGCCCUUGAGCCGCGAGGCCGGCGACCACCGCCUGCCGGACUUCCUCGCCCGGAAGAACCCCUUCGGCCAGGUGCCCGUUCUCCAAGAAGCUGACGACGAUCUCACGCUCUUCGAAUCGCGUGCCAUCGCGAGGCACGUGCUCCGGAAGCACAAGCCGGAGCUCCUUACCGGGGACGGCUCCCCGGGGUCGGCGGCCAUGGUGGACGUGUGGCUGGAGGUGGAGGCCCAGCAGCACCACCCACUGGCGGCCGCCAUCGUGAUGCAGUGCAUCGUCUCCCCGCUCACCGGCCGUGCCGUCGACCAGGCGGCCGUGGACGAGGACGUCCGGAAGCUCGGCAAGGUGUUCGACGUGUACGAGGCGCGGCUGUCGGCGUCGAGGUACCUCGCGGGGGACUCCGUCAGCCUCGCUGACCUCAGCCACUUCCCGCUCAUGCGUUACUUCAUGGAGACCGAGCACGCGGCGCUCGUGGAGGAGCGCCCGUGCGUGAGGGCGUGGUGGGAGGAGCUCAGGGCGAGGCCCGCGGCGCGGCGGGUGGCGGAACUCAUGCCGCCGGACUUUGGGUUGGGGAAGAAGGCAGAUCAGUGAUUCUCUGUGCAAUUUGUUUCAAGUUCAAAGUUCAAACUAGCUACGUGUUAGUGGAAAUUUGUGUUUGCUACCUGUUCGAGGAAUGAAAAGUCAAGUCCGCAAGUGCCCAGUCCA